CAGCUGGAGGUCGUUGUUAUCAGGAUCUGCUUUCUGCAGCAGAUGAGCGGCUCUGGCUGCUGCUCUGCUAUUGGCUCCUCAGCAUCGGAAGGCUGAGUCAGCUGGGCGGAGGACGGCAGCAUGCGGCUCAGGAACCCAGCCGGAGCAGAACCGGAGUGAAACCGGAGCAGAACCCCGAUGAGGAGAUUGGCCGAUAACCUGUCGGCGCCUCACAGGAAGCGCUGAGCGUCAUGGUGGCCGGGGAGCUCGUGCAGGAGCACGUGCGCGCGGACACCGGCGCACCUGACGACAUCAUAGCGGAAAAGAAGAGCCCCCAGCCGCAGGGCGCGCGGCCGGCAGCCGAUCCCUGCCCGGAUCCGGACCCGGAACCCGGGGCGCAGGAGGGGCCGCCGGAUGAAAGAGCCGCGAUGCUUCCGAGCGCCGGAGGAGGAAGAGGAGAGGAGGAGGAGGAUGAAGGCAGGGCGCUGCAGACCAGGCUGUACCGGCGGCGCUUCGCGGUGCUGAUGGUGUUCAGCCUUUACUCCCUGAUGAACGCCUUCCAGUGGAUCCAUUACAGCAUCAUCGCCAACGUCUUCACGCGCUACUACAACGUCACCAACGACAGGGUGGACUGGCUGUCCAUCGUCUACAUGGUGGCCUACAUCCCGCUCAUCUUCCCGGCCACCUGGCUGCUGGAGCGCAGAGGUCUGCGGCUCACCGGGCUGCUGGGCUCCGGCCUCAACUGCGCAGGCGCCUGGCUGAAGUGCGCGAGCGUCAGUCCGACGCGCUUCUGGGUCACCGUCACCGCGCAGGUCAUCUGCUCCGUGGCGCAGGUCUUCAUCCUCGGCCUGCCGUCCCGCAUCGCCUCGGUGUGGUUCGGACCGCGGGAGGUGUCCACGGCGUGCGCCACGGCGGUGCUGGGGAACCAGCUGGGCACGGCCAUCGGCUUCCUCCUGCCGCCGGUUCUGGUUCCCACCACUCCUGAUGAUCCAGAACUAACAGGUCACCACAUCAGCAUCAUGUUCUAUGGAACAGCUGCCGUCUCCACGGGCCUCUUCAUCCUCGCCCUUCUAGUGAUAAAAGACAGACCUCCUCUCCCUCCCAGCCAGGCCCAGGCCGUCCUCCCAGGCUCCCUGCUGGACACAUACUCCUACAAACGCUCCAUCAUCAACCUGAUAAAGAACAAGGCCUUUGUUCUGCUGCUGGUCAGCUACGGAAUCCUGACCGGCUCCUUCUACUCCGUCUCCACGCUGCUCAACCAGAUGAUCAUGUCCUACUAUCAGGUAGAGCAAAAUAAACCAACACAUUUUAAACACAUUUAG